CGGGGCCGCGCCAGUGAGCGCGCGUCCGUCGGCUGCUCACGCGGGGCUGGUGCGGCGCAGCUGGUGGCUGCGGGAAGCUGCUCGGCCGGCUGCAGCGUUGGCGAGGCCGGGAGGGACGGAGCCGGGGGGCGAGCCGAGGACCGAGCUUCCCUUGGUGAACAGGAUUUUGCAAGCCUCUGAAAGUCCACCAGCCGCUCACUCCACACUUCCUCCCAACUCUGAGAUUAGCAGUGUGAUCUGCUCAGAGGAACUGUGCCACCAGCAUGGUUCUCCCUGAAGAGCCUCUGCACUGUUUUCCAUAGUGGUGGUUCCAGUUUACAUCCUCCCCAGCAGUGCAAAGGGUUCCUUUUUCUCCGCACCCUCUCCGGCGUACAAACUACAGCAUUGUUUGUAGACAUGCUGAUGAGGGCCGUUCUGGCUGGUGUAAGGACCUCCACCUUCAGUGGUCUUCCCCCACAGUGAGCUACAGUCGACCCCUGCUUUCCAAGGAGACCCUGCAGCACCCACAGAGAACUGGACAAUGGCAGUUGAGUACAUUUUGGGAAAUAUCUGAAGUUUAGUGGACUGCAUCUACCUUCUUGCUUCUCCCCAUCCUUUACAAAAACGUUAAUGGGAUGUUUGAGAAGAGAGCUGUAUUAAAAGAAGAGUGCUGCAAAUGGCUUCAGAAUCUACAAAUGUGAAACAAGCUAGGAAUCGCUUCACAAAGGGAAAAAGGCAACCGCACCAGCAAAUAAAGAACAGAUCUUCAAUUAGCGAUGGCGAUGGGGAAGAUUUUUUUAUCUUUGAAGCAAAUGAAGCGUGGAAAGAAUUCCAUGGUUCUCUUCUUCAGUUUUAUGAAAAUGGAGAACUCUGUGAUGUCACACUGAAGGUUGGCUCAAAGCUAAUCUCUUGUCACAAACUGGCAUUGGCUUGUGUCAUUCCCUACUUCAGAGCCAUGUUUCUCUCUGAAAUGGCUGAAGCCAAGCAAACACUGAUCGAGAUCAGAGAUUUUGAUGGUGAUGCCAUAGAAGACUUGGUGAAGUUUGUCUAUUCUUCACGGCUCACUUUGACUGUUGACAACGUCCAGCCUCUCUUAUAUGCAGCCUGCAUUCUACAGGUUGAGCUGGUAGCUAGAGCUUGUUGCGAAUACAUGAAGUUACAUUUUCAUCCCUCCAAUUGUCUCGCAGUAAGAGCCUUUGCAGAAAGUCACAACCGAAUAGACUUGAUGGACAUGGCGGAUCAGUAUGCCUGUGAGCAUUUUACUGAAGUGGUGGAGUGUGAAGACUUCGUAAGUGUGUCACCCCAGCAUCUCCAUAAGCUCUUGUCCUCCAGUGAUCUCAAUAUUGAGGAUGAAAAGCAGGUCUAUAGUGCAGCCAUCAAGUGGCUUCUCGCCAAUCCUCAGCACCAUUCCAAAUGGCUGGAUGAAACACUUGCACAGGUUCGUUUGCCGCUGUUGCCAGUUGAUUUUCUUAUGGGUGUUGUAGCAAAAGAACAGAUUGUCAAGCAGAAUCUAAAGUGUAGAGAUUUACUGGAUGAAGCAAGAAAUUACCACCUUCACUUGAGUAGCAGAGCAGUACCUGACUUUGAAUACUCCAUUCGCACUACCCCAAGGAAGCAGACUGCCGGUGUGCUAUUUUGUGUAGGUGGUCGAGGUGGAUCAGGUGACCCCUUUCGCAGUAUUGAAUGCUAUUCUAUCAACAAAAACAGUUGGUUCUUUGGACCAGAAAUGAAUAGUCGAAGGCGACACGUGGGUGUAAUCUCAGUGGAAGGUAAAGUGUAUGCGGUGGGUGGACAUGAUGGAAAUGAACAUUUAGGUAGCAUGGAGAUGUUCGAUCCUCUCACCAACAAGUGGAUGAUGAAGGCAUCAAUGAACACGAAGAGGCGAGGAAUUGCCUUGGCCUCCUUAGGAGGCCCAAUUUAUGCAAUUGGAGGGUUAGAUGACAACACUUGCUUCAACGAUGUGGAGAGGUAUGACAUAGAAUCCGAUCAGUGGAGUACAGUAGCACCAAUGAAUACUCCCCGUGGAGGAGUUGGCUCUGUGGCUCUUGCGAACCACGUUUAUGCAGUAGGUGGCAAUGAUGGAGUAGCUUCUCUCUCUAGUGUGGAGAGAUAUGAUCCACACCUGGAUAAGUGGAUAGAAGUUAAAGAAAUGGGUCAGCGAAGAGCAGGCAAUGGAGUUAGUGAGCUCCAUGGUUGCUUAUAUGUUGUUGGUGGCUUUGAUGAUAAUUCCCCUCUGAGUUCAGUUGAGCGGUAUGACCCUCGAAGCAACAAGUGGGAUUAUGUAGCAGCCCUUACCACUCCCAGGGGUGGAGUGGGGAUCGCAACAGUGAUGGGCAAAAUCUUUGCAGUUGGUGGCCAUAAUGGCAAUGCAUACUUAAAUACAGUAGAAGCAUUUGAUCCAGUGCUGAAUAGGUGGGAGCUUGUUGGAUCUGUGUCUCACUGCAGAGCUGGAGCAGGUGUAGCUGUGUGUGCCUGUUUAACGAGCCAAAUUCGAGAUGUAGGUCACGGAUCCAGUAAUGUGGUUGACUGUAUGUGACUCGAGUUCCAGCUGCCAACAAUUUAGUCCUAUCCGGUGGGCAAGAGAGACAACCAGGAUUUUGUAAUGGCCACCUUUGAACAGUUUUAACUCCUACUAGAGUCUUACUUAAAUCCGGGCUGCUGUAUUGUGACUAAGUGCAACAUUUGGAAUGGUAGCUGCAGAAUGACUAGGAAUAAAGUUAAAGCUGGUACUUCCCACUUCAGCAAAUAAUGAAGUAGGGAAGGGAGAUAGUCUAACCUGACACCAUACCUCCUCCUCCAAAAAAAAGUUUAAAUAGUGCCAAAACCUUGAGAUUCCUUUUUUAAAAAAAUGUGGAUGAAACAAAAUGUAAAAUGAAGUCAUUUGCUGAGCUUUACCUUUCACCUAAGGGAGUUAAUCCUAGGCCAUGGACUUUCCCUAGAAAGGAGAUUCCAAGCUAUUCAUCAACACAAGGAUGUCAAGACACAUAACAGACCUGCUUCAUUUGAAGAUCAUUUUUACUUGGUGCUGAUGAAUUUAUGCCUUGCUUUUUUCUAGGUGAUUUUUCAAUUUCUUGGGUAUUUACAGAAGUAGAAAAAAUGUUUCAUCUUUCUGACUGCCCUUUGGCUGCAUUUUCAGAAGCUUAUAGGAAUGCUUAUAAGAAGCCCCUAAUUUCACUUUGAAUUGUUAGGACAUCAGAAGACCUAACUGAACUAAUUCCAUCUGAAUGAAUCUACACUUUUAUUUUCUUCAUUUCAUGCAAAAAAGAUUUGUUUAAAAAAAAAAAAAAUGGAGUUCCUGUCGUGGCU